GCCGUCGUUCCCGGCGUGCCCCGCGCCCGCCAUGGCCGACAUGUUCGACGGGAUCGUGAUGGCCGAGCAGCGGUUCCACGGUGAGGGGUAUCAGGAGGGAUAUGCCGAAGGCAGCCACAUUGGAAUUGCUGAGGGAAGGAGGUACGGAGCGCUCCACGGCGCCAAGAUCGGGUCGGAGAUUGGCUGCUACCUUGGGUUUGCACUGACAUGGCACUGUCUGCUCCAGAAAUGCACAGAUGAAAAGAGCAGCAAAAAGAUAAGGGCUCUGGAGUCAUUAAUAGGGAUGAUUCAGAAAUUCCCAUAUGAAGACCCCACUUAUGAUAAGCUGCAGGAAGAUCUGGAAAAAAUCAGAGGAAAAUUUAAACAGGCUGCUGAAGUCAUGGCAAUCCAGAAGACUUGUAAUUUUCCUUUCUACAAGAUGUGAUGAGUACAAGAAACAGUGAAUUUUGAGGCAUCAGCAGAGCAAGGUAAACUCUGACCCCCAUUUGCUAAAGCUUGUGAGCACAAUUCUCAUUCUGCCUUCAUACUUUCCAUUUCUUGUCAGCUGUAAUGUGAAGGUGAUCAAAAUUCCAGCUUUGAAUGAGCAGCUGUAAUCAUCAGAAAUGGGUGAAAUAAAUCAGAAAAAAACAUCUGUGGAUGCAACUGUUUGCUUCAAAAUCAGUCCUGUAGAGGUAGUUUGGUUCAUUUGAAUCCCAUUACAUUUUUGUGAAACGAGGUUGUGAUAAUUUACAUGUGGAUGUGUGAGGAAAGUCUGGAGUGCAUUGGUUGGUUCUCUGACUCUUUGGUCUGAUUGCUGUCGAGGUCUGAAAUCUAAAAGCAACAGUGUGUUUUAGUAUGCACAUAGAACCUGUUCAGUGCCAGCUUGCUUUGUGGAUAAUCACCACUGAAGGAAGAAAAAUAAAGACUGGUUUAAACUCUCUGGCUUUGUAGGGUUAUUUUUGGUGAGUAAACUACACAUUUUGAUCUGUGUCUUCUGAAAUGGUAGCACGUUUUUAUCAAUCGUUUUUUAAAUAGGUUGUGUUGGGAUGAAAUGAGUUUUAAUUUUCCGGUGGAUCAAGUUUUGGUUUUCGAAGAGAUGCAAGAGAGAGUUUAAACCUGCAGUGUAUUUAUGAGUGCUUAUUUACACUUUGGCUGGAAAUACAACUUCCUCUAUUGGAAUAAAGGGAGAUCCAUCUGUCAAAAGUCUGCCUGCACCCUAAUAUUCCACAGUGCUUUAGAGUAAGAGCUGAUACCCUUUUAAGGUACAGAAAGAGAUCAAAUAAUCUGAAUUGCUGAGGUUUUAAAUCCAUAAGUCAUGUUCUGUUGGCAUCUUUUCUGUAUGCACUUACAUCCCUUUUUGAAUAUAAAGUUUUAGGGCUUAUCUCCACAUAAAGGUAUUAUUAAAAAAAGCAUUAAAAAUGGAAUCUUUGACUUAUAAUAAUAAUGCAACUACAGGCAUGGAUCUGAUACUUUUUUAUUUGCUCACAAGCUGUCAGAGCUGUACAUUGUGUUGGAUACAGCCUUCUGUCUCAAGUUCUGAUUUAAUGAUCUGAGAUUCUUUUCUGGUGUUGUUCUCAAUAUAAAAGUGGGUGCCUUGUCCCUGUGUGGCUUGUUUGAACAUUUGUAGGGUUUUUAAUGAUGUCCUGUAAUUACAGGAGAGUAAUAAUUAAAAAUAAAAAAACCCAGCGUUGCAUGCUGGAAAGGGAAUGUUGGUGAUGCUAAUUAACACCAUUUUCUGGAGGUAAAGGUGUGGGUAAGCAAGGUGAGGAUAAGGCUCCAUGCCAGGGUAGUUGCUUCCUUAAUUUCUGCAGGGAUAGCAGCACGAAGCACUACAUGUUUUUGAGAAAGAACUGGUGUGUUAUAGUUUGAAAUCUACUGGAAUGUUAGAAUUACCUGAAGUCCCCCUGGAUGAGAAUCCUUAUUUCUGGUUUUCUCUGAUUUUUCUUUGUUCAGGUCACUCCAGAGUUAUAGAGCGAUGUGUGUGGGGUAUAUCUCACCCUGAUUAAACAGAAAGGCUUUGGUUUGAAACAAAAGGCUUAGUAUUUUUGGUAAUGUUAUAAUUCUUUAUAUUCUUAGUGCUAUAAAUGUUAGUGCCUUUUGAAUACUUGCCCUUUGCAACUUCUCCUGGCCGUGGAUUCUGGUCUAAUUACAACCUAAAACUCCAGCUUCCAUAGUUUGGCAAGUAACCAUGAAGAUUCUCAUUUUACAGUCUGCCAGAGCUGUUUUUUUAAUGGAUAAAGUUGUGACAGCACAUAUUACCACAGGAGUGUACGUAUCAGCAGAGAAAAUGGGGAUUGGGGAGCUGUGAAGAGUCCUGCAGCAAGUGUCCAGUUGCAGGUUUUGGUGUCCAACUGGAGCAAUCCACUGCUGAAGUGCUCCGGUGUGUCCCAGUGCUUGGAAUUGCAGGACCAGCCUGGCCUCCAGUGAUAAUAAAAAUAAUAAUAAAAAACCUUUUAUGCACUAUUUUGAAAGCUUGUACAGUUAGUUCAUUUUUGGGUAUCUCUUUGGCACCACACUGCAAGUAUUCCAACCUUUAUCACUGGAGUGUUAAAUUAUUCCCUCGGUGUAAUAAUUGAAUUUUUUCAGCACUUUUCAUCCUAAAAUUCUCUUAAGUACUUAGUACCCCCUGACCAUACACAGAGCUCUAUCAAGUGAUGUAUUACUGUGUGGAAGGCCAGCAUGGAAGACUUUGUAAAUCCAUGAAAUAUAUGAAAGGUAAAUCAGAAAAAAAUCAGGCACUGUGGCUUGUUGCACAAUGGUUUUAAUUAUUCUGUCCCAUUUUUUUUACAUCAAUUUACACUGACCACUAGUACAGCAUUCUGGUUUUGGCAUUGCAAAACUGCCUGCGGAGGAUUUCUGAAUAGGCAUAAGAAAUGGCAUAAAGCUUUUGUUUGGUAAAAUUGGGAAGCUUUGUUACAGUCGUGAGGAAUUUCCACGGGUGACGUCUGAAAUAGUGGCCUACUGACUGAAAGGAUUUAAGUGGUAUUUGCUCUGUAAUAAAAUUACAGAAUUUUAUUUUAGCAAAACGUCCAGCAGAAGGAAGAUUGAUUGUUCAGCCUCUGCAUCCUGAUCUGCCUUGGACAGAAUCAACCCCAGUAUUUGUCACUGUCUUUCAUUUUUUUUUAUCGCUGCUCCAUCUCAGGGUGCAAUAAUCAUCACAGUUUUUAACCUUCAGCAUCUUCAGGAUUCUGGGGAAUAACACCACAUGGAAUCUUUUCUUGAUAGUAGGAACUGUGAGUCAGCAAGCCUUUAAUGUUUUUAGUUGCAGCCAUUGUUCCAGCCCCAAGCUUUGCUGCCAUUGUCCACUGUUUGUCCAGCUCACGUUUACUGGACUGUGGGAACGGAUUAGGGUUUCAUGGCUUUUUUUUUUUUCUUCUUGCAUAAACUCUUGAUCAAAGACAUUCCUUGGAUGACAAAACACUGUAUACUGUGUCACACAGUCCUGACCAGACUGCACGAACAGUAGUUUAAAAACACAUGCCCACAUUGUUCUCUAAACUGGCUUUUUUUUUCCUUCUUUUUUUUUUUUUUUUUUUGCAAUGUAUGUGCAGACAUUGAAUUUUUGAGACCCCAUUUACCUCCUUUAAAAAACACACACAUAACAGAAGUUACUGUUAAGAAGCACUUAACAGUUUCUGAAAUACAAGUGAAAAACAAAUUACUCCUUGAAACCGAGAAUCUGCGUGACAGAAUUGUCACUUCUGGGCAGAGCUGGAGGUUCUCUCUGCCCUGUGUCUCCUUCCUGGGGAGACCUUGGUGGUGGUGCAGGUGCUCCAAUGCUCUGUAAACCUAAAACCACGUGGAUUAUGCCAUCAUUUUAUGUGUCGUAUCCUAAGGUGGAGAAUGAUUGGAGCACAAUUUGGGAAUUCAUAACCCUGCUUCACCACAGGUACGUUGUUAGAACCACGUGUUGAGAACCUUGACUUAACUACAGUUGUAUGUCUCGGUCUUCUUUUAAGUUCUCUUUUGCAGUAAGAGCUGGACAAAUUUCAGAAAAAUCCAGUUGCAUCAUUAUUCCUCAAACUAACGAGGAAGAAACAAAUGGUGUUUGAGAGAAAAAACAGGGAGAGACUUUUUCAAGGAGCUUUGACUUGGCCUGAAAUUCUCCUUCCGCAGAAGUGUGGCAGUAAGAGAUCCCUGAAGACACCUGAAGUAGGUUUACAGAGGGAUUUAGAUCAUAUAUUUAGGUGGUUGGAAGGUUGAGGAUGAGAGAACACUUGUGUUUCCACAAACGUAGUGAGGCUUGACUCUGCAGCAUUGUUAAGCACUUCCAUGCAGAAAUAAAGGCAGAUUAAACCUUUUCAACAUUGGAAAGAUAUUAUCCAUAAGGGGGGAACCUUUCUGAUCCUUUGCAAUCCAAGGGUCUCCAUGGAAAGAGAAACCUGAAUAAUAUGUGGCUGGUGGGUGUGUUGUCUAAAAGGAAUAAAAUGGUUGUAGUGAAUGACUGAAACAGCUACAAAAAUAGUGAGUGAAAACCACAGAAUAGUAUUACAUUUAUAAGAAAUAAUAUUUAAUUAUGAGUAAAUAAUUCAUGGAAAUCUUGGGAAGGUGUUAUGACAAGAACAUAGCCGUACUUAUUUAACAGGAUAUGUGUGCUUAAGAUCAGGUCUUCAUAUUUAAAAUAACCAGCAGCCAAAUGGAAAGAACUGUGGCCUUGGGGGUGUUUGAGGAGGAAAAAAGCUGUUGGAACAAUAACCCCCAGCAUUCAAACGAUCUGCAGCGAUAAAAUCUAAUAAAAAGGGAGAAAUAAAACAUCAAAAAGCCCAAUUGGCCGUGGCAGACAGUUUGCUAUCAGAGCAGGGACUCGGGACACCAGGUCCCUGCUCAGGUGAGCUGCUGCUGGCUCAGCUCAGUUGCAAUGCUCUGAUGCUUCUUUAGUGGUCCUUGGGCAAGGAUUUGCCCCUCUCAGCCCAGCUCCUUGGAGUCUGGUGCUGAUGUUACCACGCCAGGCACCUAUGGAAUAUGGCUUGUGGAUGGAUGAAGUGUCACGGGGCUGUCAGGUGGGAUGGAUAAAAUAAAACCACUUAGCAACAACAUAUGAUGUUGAAUUUAUUUACUCAGCAGGGCUGAGAAGGGUGAGUGGGGAGCAAUUUCCAUCCUGGGAGGCACUUGCUCCGUGCACAGCUCAGAGCUCCAGACCUUCCUUCACCACGUGGAUCCGGAAGGUCCAUGUGCCAGGUCCUGGAAUGUCACAGCUCCCUUUGGUUCUUGAUGCUAUUAGGGAUCUGUACCUGGAGCUCUCUCCAACCCCAAGGGGGGUUACCCUCUGAACCAGUUACUGCUUUAUUUGUCAGCACAAGCAUUUGGGAUUUUAUCCGAAAUAAACCCAGACCGUUGUUAUUUCUUCAAGGAUAUUACCAUAAAUAAGAAAAACGACGUAAGGUAUAACUAAAUUGAGAAGGGAGAUGAAAUCCACACAGAUGGAUUUUGUAUUUUUUUUCCUUCUGCACAAGAGGGAAAAUGAUGGCUGUGAACACUUAGUGACUUCCCUGAAAUGUGAGACUUUUCCAUACUUAGCAAAAAGUAGGAUAGGUCUAAGGAGGGCUCUGCAGGUGUCAGUAGGAUCAUCAGGAAACUUAUUUCUGUUUUCACUCUUAGAUGUUUAUCACAUUAAAGAAACAAAAAGGUAACUUCUGCCUCGCUCCUAAAUUUGCUCUGCUUGGCCCUUAAGAAGCCUGGCAAGUCUCACAUUAUCAGUGCAAUCCAGUUGACCAAUUUGCAAUCCCUUUCUCAUCAUUUGAUUGGAAUAUUGUGUGGAACUCAGUCAAAAGCCAGAUGGGAAUCCACGUUUUUCGUGCCACUGCAAUUACUGUGAUCAGUUUUAUUUGUGACAUGGUAAAAAUACCAUGUUUGUCUAAAGAGAUACAUUUCUUAUAAAAUGAUGCUGACAGGAAUUCAUACAAAUGAAUUCAUUAAAGGAAAUUAAAUAAUUCAAUAAAAUUAAUUUACAGCUUUACUGCCUUUGUCCCACUGUAGCUUUUCAAUGAUAUUACCAGGAAUCUUCAUCAGAGUGUGUAACCUGCAUUUAUGGGUCAUUCCUGUGACUCUUUUAAAACAACAGCUCCAACCUUCACUUUCUCCUCCAUCUUCUGGAGUUUUCUAUCACUCAAAAUGUGCCUGAAUGUAAGUGGAUUAUUAGUUUUUACAUCUAAUAAAUUUAGUAAAGAGCGUGUGAAUUUAAAUAUUCAUAAAAGGUCUGAGAUUGUCAACUGGCCUGAAUUCAGCAGUGGAACUGGGGAGUUUUUUGGGAGGUCAGUUGGAAGUUUUUCUGUGUGCAGUCUCAAUUUGUUGCAAAAAAAUACAGUAUUUUUCCCUUUACUAAGCUACAGCAUAGCCUAGCUGAACAUGCAUAUUUUUUUACAGCCUAUAGUAAAUUGUUUUUCUUGCUACAUUCUUGUCUUUCUGCCCUUUGCAAUGUGAGUAAUACUGGCAUAGUUCACCCAACAUUCAAAUUUAGUAGUCUGCAAUUGGAGGUGAUGUUCAGGAGAAGGAAAAUGUAAAUAUAAGAGCUGUCUCUGUGGGCUUAAACCUACUUAAGUCACACCACAGUCAGUUUAAGAGAGUUUAUAAAACAGAUAGGAAUGGCAAAACCUACUUAAACUUGUUCAGCCAAACACAGGUUUACAUUUCUCACUGAAUCAUAUUUUUAUCAGCAGAAGAUUUUUGUCAGAAAUCAAGAUUCCCUGAGUGUGUCUCCACUCCAUUUUCAAACAUUUAAGCUCAGAGGGGUGAGCCAUCAGCCUUACCAAAGCGAGUCUUUUAUUUUUUUUUGAAGCACGCUGGGGAAAAUGAAUCAUUUUUGACCCAGUCCAGUUUAAGCCUUGGCUUAGUCUGAAGUCCCCGUGAAUCCAGUCCAGAUCAUCUUUCGGGAGCUGCUCAUUUCAAGUGGAACAAAACCAGAUCACGCUUGUACUGAUAUUACUUUACCUGCCUGAGCUCUGAUUUCACAGCAGGCCACAGGGUUCAGGUUUCUGUCUGCAAUGACUGGGAAACCACCAGGCUCACACGGGCUCAGCUGGGGGUUCUUCUGAUGCAGAUGGUUUCCCAUCUUGCCCCGAGACGAGCUUAUUUUGCACUAGACAAUGAUUAACAUGUUAGAUCUGAGCUCUGGAGUUUCAGUUUUCAUUUCCUGUGCUGCACACACUGCACAGAAUCAGUUGUAACGUGAAGUUUAGUCAAUGGGAAACUCAGGAGGCAGGUACUGAAUUUCUAAUUUGUGACAGCAGAGACGAGCGCUUGACCUUUUAUGUAGAUUUUUUUAAAGACAGAAAUAAUUUCAUAGGGUAAAUAGUCAAAUAUGUAGGUUAUAAGCUUGAUCAUUUCCACUCAAAAUAAGCUGUUUCUGCCGUGUUCAGAUCUGGUAAUAAUUGAUAAUGUGCAUCCCUAGUUUUCAGAGAUAUUUUGGAAUGCGAAUUGGAACACAGGUUAUAAUAUUUUUUCAUUUAACUGUAUAAUAAUAUAUAAUUUCUUUUCCUCCUUGUCCUUCUAGGUCUGGUUAUUUUUUACAUAUUUCUAGUAGGUUUUUACGCUUUUCAGGUUUAAUCCCUUGUUGUCUCAGCUGUACAAUAGUAGAUGCAAAAGCUGUGUAGCAGAGGAAGGACAGGAAAGAAAGCAGGUUAACCUACUGCUUUUAAAAUAGACUAUCUUCUAAGACACAAAUCCUUACACUGUUAAAAAAAAAUACAAGUGUUCUGUACCAUCCAGCACCUAUUUUAUUGACAAGAAACACCAAAGGGUAUUUUACUCUGAGUAAAUAAAAUAAAUAAAAAAAAAAAUACAAAUCCUUUGAUGUUUAAAAUAAAGUCUUCAGCUGAAAAAAGAAAAUAUUUUGCUUCUUGAAAAAGACACGUUUGCAGUGAGAGGCAGUCACCUGCCCACUGCCCAAAACGCCUACAGUUUCCUAAAAUAACAACAAAAGGUUUUCAGCACUGAAACUCUUAAAGCACAAAGAGUCAAACCCAGAAAAUAUCACGUGGUUUACUCACUGCAGUGGGUAGUUACAGCCAUUCAGCAUUUUAAAGGCUACAAAACAAAAAAUAUUAAAAGAAGACAACAGGCAGACGUUGGGUUUUACCAAUUUUAUUUCUAGACUUUAGUUUUUUUUUUUUUUUGUUGCUGGAAACUUGUCUGUUACAGGUCUGUCGGUGAAAAUGUGCAUUUCAGACCAGUGAUGCCAAUAAGUACAAUAUAAAAAAAAAAAUGUACAAAUCUGAAUUGCUUUGCUUACUACAGAUUGUUAUAAUAACGUGACAAAUAAAGCAUCUCUGUUGGCACGUGAACCCACUUAAUCUGGAUUUGGCCUUUUUUAAGUACAUAAGAAUAUUUUAAAAAGAAACUUGCAGUACACACUGCCACUCAGUGUAACAACAUAAUAUAACCCCACAAGCACUAACUCGACAGUAUCAGGUUUGGUUCAGAGACACAGAGAUGCCACGAACAGAAGUGUUUUAUGAGGUAAGCAGUAAGAAAUGUUCCUGAAAUUUGGACAGAAUGUAUCCAGUCCUCCUGGGUCCUGCGACUGCUAGUAGCAUUGCAAUGCUUUAUUUAUGCACUAUGUAGGAUCUUAACUGCAUUUGCCUCAAAAUGAGUUCUAAUUCUGUUUUGGUUUAGCAGCAUACAGGCAACAGCUAGAUUAUUCUUCAGCAUACAACUCUGUUAGCUGGCUUAUUUAUGAGAUUUACAGGCUUUUUAAAUUAGCAUUAUGCUAUAAUUAAAAAAAAAAAAAACAACGAAACAAACAAACAAACAAACAAAAAAAAACCUCCCUAGUAUAUCAUAACAGAUUAAACACACAAAAUACUUAGAGUUCCAGAAGAUAACCUAUCAUACCAAAUGAUGUGUCCCAGCCGAGGGGAAACCACAUCAGGUGGCACACAAGAGUUAUAUUAUAAUGCACCUUUCAUAUAUCAAUGUGGCUAAUAACACAGCUCAAAACUACUAUGAUAAUAAACCCCAGAUCAGACAAGGAAUCCAGCUUUAUAAAAUGCAUAACAAAAA